AUGCCGUUGGUAGCAGUGGCUACCCUUGAAUGCCACUGGCCACAGUGGUGCUUCAACGCGAAAAAACAUGGCUCCCUGCAGUCACUGCAUGGCAGUUCCUUCAGUGAGAUGGGAGGUGGAGAUAUUGUGAAGCAGAUGAGCGACCAAACUGGUCAGCUGCUGGGAGGUCCACCCCGGAAGGAUUUGAAAGAUGAGAAGAUCUUCAGUGAUGAACAGUCUGAAGGGAUGGAGAAGUUGCAGCAAAUGGACCGGGACAAAGUGAAACGCAUGGAAAAGAGGGAAGAAGAGCUGAAGGAAAUGGUCGAAAAGGAGAAGAAAAGUGUGGAGGACUAUGAAAGCAGAAAGAAAGAGCUUCAAGAAGAGGUGGAAGGAAUGGAAGACUCCCAACACCUACGUUUGGAGGGCGCUGCUGAAGGCCAAGGCCAAGGCGACUUGGAGGAGGAUGUCGACCACGUGGAGGAGGAGGAGGUGCCAAAGGUGGAAAAACCGCCAGAUCAACACGAAUUUAUGGCCCAGAGCCGGAUCGUGGCACCUCCAUACUUUGAGCCCAUCAAGCCAGAGGAUGAGAUCCCGGUGGCCGUGGCCACCAGCCAGGAUCAAUGGAGACGCCAGAGGAUCGCCAAAGAUCAGGUCCAAGUGGCUCAGGAUCAGAUGCAGUUGGCGAAGGACGAACAGGUCUUGGCUGAAGGUCAAGAUAAGCUGACGAAUCUCAGGACCCCUGGGGUCGCUAAGGAGGAGUUAUUGGCUGAGCAGGUGAGGGAUCAGAAACGAAUUGCCUUGGAUCAAGAGCUCCUACUGCAGAGUCAGAAAAGGCUGGCAGAAGACAUGGAUAAUGCGGUGGAUGGCAAAUUGAGAUGGGAGCGACUGGAGGAUUACAGGAAGAAGCGCAUCGAGCAAUUUCAGGAUAUGGUGAAUCAGAAGUUGGACCGGCUCUACAAAGAAGAGAUUGACUUUGUGAAACGCAAUCGGAAGGGCAAACUCAGGGGCGCUCCCAUCGAUGUGCCGCACUUUGGGCCCAUUGGAGUGCGCAUCGUUAGCGGUCAGAAGGCUCAGCUGGCCACCGGUGGAGAGGAUGGCAGUGAGCUGCUCUCGGAGAAGGAAGCCCCGGAGGAUGCGGCCGAAACGGAGGCCAUGGAGGCCACUGCUGCCUCCGCUCCCGUGGUGCAUAGUGCGUUGGGCGUUUCCGCGGUCGCGGUCGCGGCCGCCGCGACGGGGCCGUUGCGACGGUCUGCACCGCGGCGGCGUGGGGAGUUCUUCCCGGCGGGUGAGACUCCGAGCCAGCUUGCAGAGGAGGGAGGUCUCAGCCUGCGAGCUGAUUAG